UUAGGGGUUUGGGAUUGAGUUCACAAUCGAUCUAGGGGUUUGGUUCUUGAUUUGAGAAUCGUCUGGUUUUAGAAACGGUUAUAUGUUUGCAAUGUUUACAAUGAAUUUAAUCAACAUUUUUUUUUCCUUCUUGCAGGUUCUGAAAUGGAUGAAGAACAGCGAGAUAUGAAAGCCCGCAAAGCAUACUAUCAGAGGGUUGAUUUCGUUUUCAAUUCGCUGCAGGGGAUUCCCCAACUGUGCCCCUGUGGAUCAAUCACGAAGGAAAUUGUAGAUGAAGAGGAUACAUAUGACUACCUCCCUAGGAAAAGAUACUUCAUCUGCAAAGACUUCGAGAAUGACGGUCUGCAUUACAGGCAACCAUGGGUUGUAGGUGUGCAAGAAGAGGUUGAGAGGCUCAAACUGAAAGUUCUCCGCCAUGAGAACCUUCUUACAGAGUGUGAGGAACUUAAGGUGAGUUCAUAUUUUUUUCAAUAUCAUAAAUUUGGUGUUUGUACUAUCUUUCUAACCCACGUGUUUUGGUUUGGCUUAUGUCUGUUCAGUCACAGGUUAAAAUGUUGGUAA